ACUGUUACUACUGUAGCAUGGCCACUGGCAUGGCGUAGCAGCCUGUGGCAGAUUGUUUGAUUGGUUUUGUUCUCCGGUAAAUGAAGCGGAUUUCAAGCGCACGCUUUCAUUGGAGCUAUACAUAAGUCUAAAAGUGUCUAUUAAGUGCAACAAUGGCCACUCUGGCUGCAUUGCUGAAGAGCUUUCGGGCUUUGGGGCGUUUGGAGCCGGCAAUGUCUCGUUCUGUUCGGCUUCGCCCGUUGGAUACUGCGAAGAGUUUGGAAGAAAAAAUGCAAGCUCUAAAUGCAAAAGAUCCAGUAUUUGAAGAACGAGUUAACAUCGGCUUCAAGUUCACAUCACAGAGCAUUAAUAAACAGGAAUGGAAAAAGCAGCAAAAAGUGCUUCAGGAAAACAAGAAAAAUUAUGAGCUGGCUGAAAAAUCGCGUAGUGGGACUUUGACAAUACAGUAUGAACAAGCCAGGCAAGAAUGGAAGAGUACCCAUGCACCAAAGCAUGUAAAAGAGAUUGCAGACCACUAUGGUGUUUUCAGAGACCUUUACGAGUUCGGAUUUUUUCAUCCUGUUGUUCCCAUGGAUAUUUUAUAUGAGCAGAAUGCAGAGUACUUCAGUCCUGUGUAUUAUGGCAACAUCAUUCUUCCUUCCGAGGCUGUAAAGGCCCCUACAGUUUUGUUUGAUUCUCAGCCUGACACCCUUUGGACUUUAGUCUUGACAAGCCUGGAUUCUCAUUUACUAGAGAAUGACAAAGAAUAUCUGCAUUGGUUUAUUGGCAACAUCAAAGGAAACAACAUUACAGCUGGUGAAGUGGUAUGUGACUACCUGCAGCCUUUUCUUCCUCGCGGUGCUGGCUAUCAUCGGUUUGUAUUUGUCCUGUACAAACAAGAAAGGUUGAUUGACUACUCUAAAUGGAAAUUACCCACAAAUAGUACAAGUCUGAAGGAAAGGACAUUUAGAACGUACGACUUCUACAAGGAGUUCGAAAGCAUGUUGACACCUGCUGGACUAGCAUUCUUUCAGUGCACUUGGGAAGAUAGUCUGGUGGAUUUCUUCCACAAAAUUUUGAAGAUGCGGGUGCCCACAUUUGAAUAUGUUCACCCUCCAGAAUAUGUCCCAAAGCAAGUCCUGUACCCUCACAGAGAGCCUUUUAAUAUAUAUCUUGACAAAUACCGAGACCCCAGAGACAUUCGGGAAGAAGUUUACCUGAAGCGUCUGAAGUCCCUUAAUCCUCUGGAAGAUGAACCACCCAUACCAAAAUACCCGAACAUCUACAAGAUACCAAAAGGCACACCUAGCUGGCUGGUUGAUGAAAUGAGGAAAGAGCGGUUUCGCAUUGGAAAGUACAAAGACCUGCGACCUUUCAGUAUUUACCCAGAAGAAGAGUUCGAGGAUCCCAAGAUGAAAGCUUGGAGAGAGCAGGAAGAGUUUGAGCGCAAGUGGGCUGAGACACAGGCUGCCAAGUUAUCGUCUUCAUGAUUGUGCCACUUGCAUGCAUAGAUGCUUCAUUUCUGUGUAGGUGUCUCAUCAGGACUAUAUAGGAUAAAAUGUAUAUACCUAAUUAAAAAGAAAUUAAAGGUACUGUGCCACCAUA